AUGUCUGAUUAUCGGCAACGGAGCCCCGUCGAUCCCGCGUUCCUCAGCGAUAAUAAUAAUUAUGAUCCCAUCUCGAUUGACGAUGAUUCUGAUACAGACACAAUCCGCAUGGACUCACCUGAGUUCUGGAGCGGAAUAAAUGCAGAAAAGGCCCCUGUUCAGAAUGCGCCACAUAGCGUUACGCUUACCAAGUCUACUCCGGUUUCAACAUUCCUGAAGUAUCCCAGUUGCGAAAAACUCGAUUGCACCUGCCCCGUUCGAUACCCAGCCUCAACGCAAGAUCAGCUGGCAGAAGAAAAUUCUGAGACCAAUGAAAUUGAAUCAAGUGCGUGA